AUUACCAUUUCUAAUGUUUAAUUUUCAGAUGAAUGAAACAUUUGCUUGUUUAUGCUGUGAAUGAUGACUUAGAUAAAACAUAAAACAGAGAGAAUUCUUUACUAUAUGGAUGGAUGGAUAAAUAGAGCAGUCCAUAUAUGGUAAAUUAAUAAGAUUAAGCAUCGUAAGAAAUACACAACAUGAAUACACCAUUUGACUCAUUUUUAGCGCCCUAGGGCGCUAAUGUUCAGUCCACGACGAGUAAAAACAUGCGCAAAACAAGUAAGUUAUAAUAACAGAACGGAUAGUUAACAACAUUGUACCAUCUAUGCGAUUGAAGACUCUAUAUAUACCGGAAAAAAGCGGAUGAAACCGGUCAAAACAUCUUUCUCGAACUUUCUUUGCCAUACCUGUCCACGUAAAUACAACAAACUAGCCACACCUGAGUGAGUGAUUGGCUGAAAGUUGAGGACCCUCCCCUCGCAGUUCCCGAUCUGUCGAGGCACUUUUCCUCAAAUUAUACCAGUGACAAGACAAAAUGAAUGGCUUCUCCACGAUACUAGUAACCCUUGUUAUAGCAGGUGUUGUGAGCGCCAGUGAGGGAGUGGAGGCAAGGAGGGGAGAGAAAGUCGUCCUUCUCGACGAGAAAUCUGGAUUUAAUCUCAGUCGUUUCAGACGAGUGAUACUAUACAAAAGUAUAAACUGCAAACAGCUGGGGGGAGAGAUCUGCAACUACUGUUCCGCUAAAGAGAAGGAGUCUGGAUGUACCGAAAAGAGCUGCUCCACAUUUUCAUUCGACAUUGGGGAGAAGAGUGUCUCUGUAACUCCACUUAAUAAUGCGAGUGAUGGAUGUUACCGUGCCAAAAUUUUUGCCAACGACGUGGUAGAGAAAACGUUGAUCAUCAAAGCCAGUGGUCAACUGCUCAGUACCCCCAGCCCAGAGUCAGAUCCUCCAUCAUGGGAGCCUACUGAAUCCUAUUCCACCAAAGCCACAGACCCACCUGAGACAAAUGGCAUGUCAUGGGGCACUGCAGUGGUCAUCGCAGUGGGCAUCGCAGCGGUCAUUGCAGUGGUCAUCAUAUUGGUCAUUGCAGUGGUCAUCCCAGGGGUCAUUUUAAUUUACUACUGGUGUAAAAAGUUCAUACAGAACAAGCACAAACAGUCUGAAGCUGGUGAUGAUGCAGGGGAUUCAGAGGAGAACAAUUCUUGCAGUGAAAGCACCAGUGGAGCAGGUGAACAGGCUACAGGUGAAUCUUUCAGGAUGGAGGAUGGGAUACCUUGUCUGGAAGAUGAAGACAGUCUAAGUGAGGUCCUGAUAGAUGAUGCAUCGACGAGACAAGAAAGUGGAAGACCUGUACAGCAUGUGCAGCAUAAAAACUAUAGAGAUUAUGAUUAUAAUAGAAAAAAUAAUAUAAAUGAUUGUGAAGAUAGUAAUGAUGAUAGUAAUUAUUAUAGUAAUGAUGAUAGUAAAAAUAUUCCCAAUAGUGGUGAUGAUGAUGAUGAAGAUGUUAAUAGUGGUGGUGACGAUGAUGAUAAUGAUUAUAAUAAACCACUUAAGUGGUAAUAUAUGUAUGUGUAAAGAAAAAUACUAUAAUAAAAAUAAUUAAACACUAAA